AUGCGCGCGCGCGUCCUGAACAUCGCGUUCGCGCUCCUCGCGCUCGCGAUCCUCCGCGCGUCGACGCCCGCGGACGCGUUCAACGCCAACUACGUGAACGAGCUCUCGACAGCGCACGCGGAAGAAGGCUACCGCGACGGCGGGGGAGGAUCCGGCUCCGGGGGCGAGCCGAAGCGCGUCAAGAUCCCCGUGAGCACGAGAGGGCACAUCCCGGACGAUUGGUACAGCGGCGAAAAAUCCAUGGACCUUCACGUGGGGACCCUGACGGUGCGACGCGCCGACGCGACGCGCGGGGACGCUCGCUCGCUCGCUCGAUCGAUCGGUCGGUCGAUCGAUCGGUCCUCGCCUCGACGCGAUUCCAUUCCGACCCGAACCGUCCUUCCGUUCCCUUCGUCGCAGCGCUCACCACCACCCUCCCCCCAACCCACACGCCCGCGCAUCCCGCAGGAGGAAGAGAAAUCCGACCUGCACACGCCGAGGCACUGGCGAUGCAACUCCUGCCAGGGCGUCGCGCACACGAUCACUCGGCGGUUACGCGCGGCGACCACGACGGACGCGACGGACCCGACGAUCAACCUCACGACGCCGCGCCGACUCACCGAAGCCGAGGCGAUCGACGUCGUGGAGAAGACGUGCGCGGACGCCGCGGAUGAAAUUUGGACGGCGUACGGCAGCAUCGGGCUCGCGAGCGGGAUCAACUUCUUCUUCGGUCCCGGGGUGGAGCCGCCGCCGCGGGAGGAGCAGGCGCGUUCUACGCACUGGACCCCAUACGACCGCGUCGGCGUGGUGAACGCCGUUCCUUGA